AAAAAAGAGACUUCGCGACAGUAGACCUCGUCGGUUUUCCUCUUGAAACAAGGACUUGUGGACGUAUAACACACACGGAUUGUCUUUGAAAACUGUAGCCCGUGUUUCGUACGGCAAAAAAGCACUAGGCUCUCACCCGUGUGCCUUCCCGUUUCACAACGCCGUGGUCUCUUCUCCAACAGGGUGUUUCUCGCUGCGGUUGUCGGUCUUUCCUCCACGCUUGAUUUCUUCGUGUGUUCUCCAUCGGACUGUGUGUGCAUGCCAUUUCCUCCCUUUCUGGUUACCUCCACUUGUCCAAUAGAUCCCUUCAGAUCCUCUGCCCCGGUUUGUCUUCCUGUUUUCCGUGUUUCUGCACCGUGUCUGUUGCUGGCAUCUCGGACCUCAAAAACCCUUCACUCUCUGCCAGUCCCGACUGUCUGUGUCGGUCUUUCUGUCGCUGUGCGUUCUCGAAGCCGUUGCAGUGCGCCGGACUUGCCUUUUUACCGUUUUCUCCGCGCUUCCACCAUGGACAGCAUCUCACAGUUGGCCCUCCAGCGUGGAGGCUACGACUUUUCAAACCACCAGAGAAACGUCCGUUUGUUGAUGGAGGCGGCUAAACGCUGCCCGGCGGUAGCAGGGUCGCCUACGCCGCCCGGCCUGCCUCCGGCGCGAAAAACAGGAACGACAAUCUGUGGAGUUGUGUGCAAAGACGGAGUCGUUUUGGGCGCCGACACGCGCGCCACAGAGGGCACCAUUGUCGCGGACAAAAACUGCAGCAAACUCCACCGAAUCGCCGACAACAUGUACGCCGCUGGAGCAGGCACAUCCGCUGAUCUUGACCAUAUGUGCGACUGGCUAGCUGUUCAGGUGGAACUACACCGCCUCAACACGAAUGCGAAGCCUCGCGUCUCAAUGGCUGUCUCCGUUCUGAGUCAGGAGCUCUUCAAGUAUCAGGGCUACAAAGGCUGCGCUGUGGUACUCGGCGGCGUGGAUUUCAAGGGUCCUCAAAUCUAUAAAAUCCAUCCUCAUGGCAGCACCGAUUGUUCCAACUUUGCCGCUAUGGGCAGCGGCAGCUUGAACGCCAUGGCUGUCCUCGAGGCAGGGUACAAGGACGGCAUGACCUUGGAGGAGGGGAAGAACCUCGUCCGCGACGCCAUCAAAGCGGGGGUCCUCAACGAUCUGGGAAGUGGAGGAAACAUCGACUUGUGCAUCAUCACGCGUGAGGGCGCUCAACAUCUUCGCAAGUUCGAGACGCCUACGCAGCGACCCUUUCAGGCUACACACCCUGUCUUCCCGAAAGGCACAACACCUGUUCUCCUGGAAAAGAUUGAGCAGCUGAAGAGUCGCCUCGAGUUCUCCCAGGAGGUCGAGAUGGUCGAGGCGUGAGCGUUCCGAGACUGGAGGCGUAACAGAACAGACUCGCCUCCGGAACGCGACGGAGCGGCCAAAAGACCAGAGACGAGAACGCGGCAUCUUUUCGGGGGGGGGGGGCGGCUUGAAGGCGACUGCUAGUUGAGUUGGGUGUUGGACACCUCUGUCGUGAGCAAUGCAGGGACAAGGGAGACGUUGACAGAACGCUCGAGAGCAGAACGAGAGAAAAAACGGUAGAGGAGGGUAUCGCGAAAGGCACUCUGCACGAGAAAAUCUGGAACACGUCCACUGAAGAAGAGCAUAGUAUGCGCCGACGGUACGACGGUCCAGACGCUGAGUCUCGCGUGAAGUGAGAAAGAAAAAACAAGACUAGGCGUACAACAUAUGUCGGGGAAAGAGUGAUGACAGCUGAAGCAACGCGCCGUAGAACAUCAGAGACACGAGAGAGAGCGCGACCGGGCAGGCGUUGAAGAAGAGGGAAGCUGCUGGCACCUUUCCCUAAAAACUCGAAAGUGCACGUGCUGAAACGCAGUGUGCAGCGACUGUGAUUGUCUCUGGACGUUUGAGUACAAGGACAUGCCUGGAAAUCCACAGGAAAGCGACAAAAAACCUCGAGAAACGUGUGGCUCCA